AAUGGGUCUUUUCGGCAGAACACCGGAUAAACCCCCAAAAGAGCUAGUGAGUACUGACUGUAACAAUUAAAGGAUGUCUUUGCGGCUUUUUAUCCGUAAAGAGGAAUAACAUGAACGCGACUUCAGCUAACGUGGCUAAUGCUAGCUUUCAACUCAGCCAGGCGUUAGUUGGUUAAUCUGUUGCUACUUGUUGUCCACCUAAAAGCUGACGUAAGUCCAGUUAAAUGAAAGCUCUAUGUUUAUAUAUUCUGCUCUUUCAAGACCACUCUGUCUUGUUCUGUUUACUACGAGCUAGUUUGUUAGCACAGAAGAUAACACUAGUCAGCUGUCAGUGUAAACAAACCCUGAUUGUGUUUGCGUCGCUGGCUUUCCCCAGAUCAGCGUUAGUUGUAAAAAGAUCAGCGAGUGGUCUAAAAAGAUCAAGAAGGAAAUGAGAAUGAUUGACAGACAAAUUCGAGAUAUUCAAAGAGAACAAGAGAAAGUGAAAAGAUCCAUAAAAGAUGCAGCCAAAAAGGGCCAGAAGGAUGUGUGUGUGAUUCUUGCAAAGGAGAUGAUUCAGUCAAAGCGAGCUAUCUCAAAACUUCACGCUUCCAAAGCUCAAAUGAACUCCGUUGUUCUCAGCAUGAACAAUCAACUUGCUGUAGUACGUGUAGCUGGGUCGCUGCAGAAGAGCACAGAGGUGAUGAAAGCCAUGCAGAACCUCGUCAAAAUCCCAGAGAUCCAGGCCACCAUGAGGGACCUGUCGAAGGAAAUGAUGAAGGCGGGCAUUAUUGAGGAAAUGCUGGAGGACACAUUUGAGAGCAUGGAAGAUGGAGAGGACAUGGAGGAAGCAGCAGAGGCAGAGGUUGACAAGAUCCUUUUUGAAAUCACAGCAGGUGCCCUUGGCAAAGCGCCGAGCAAAGUCACAGACGCCCUUCCUGAUAUGGAGCCGCCUGGAGCCACUGCAGCUUCAGACGAAGAGCCGGACGAGGACAUUGAAGCGAUGCAGUCGAGAUUGGCAGCUCUGAGGAGCUAAGGUGAACUGCCACUGUUCUGUUCCAGUCAGUUUGUCACUCCAAGAAGGACAGAGACAUUUUUUGGUGCAGGUUUGACAGUACUGAGCAUCCUCUCUGCUUCAUAUUAUAAUUACUAUUUCAUAAUCAUUUGGGGUUAACAUCGUGCUCUGACAGUUAAUAUCUUUAAAACGUUUUUUUAUUCUUCUAUAGAUUGUGUGGUUCACUCAGCCUGAAGAAAAGGUGUUUAUGCUUUUGUCUUUAUUAUCUAGGGUAAACCUAGGUAAGUCUUUAUUAUCCAAAGUCAAAUAGAAGGUUUAAGAACGUGUAUAUAAUGUAAGUAUGAAAAGCCUGCUGUGCCUACAGUGCGUCAUCAUAUUCUUUUGUCCUAAGUUAUGGACUGGUGGUGGAGCUGCUUUGGUAUUAAUGAUACAAAAAGUGAUACAAAAAACUGUUGAAGGAAGCCACCCUUCAUGCAAAUCAAAUACUAGAAUACAAGUUAGCAACUGUUCUAAUCUGUUGGAAACAUUAAGUAAGCAACAGCGAUUCUGUUUACUGGUAACCAGUCCACAUUAUCUGAGACACUAGAGCUGAUGGGUGGAUUUCUCUUUUGAAAGUUCUUGUACUGUCACAAUGUGUCUGUUCUAUACGUGGUCUUACGCUCAUCAGAAAAAUUCACGCAUACUACUCAACCCCGCUGUCUUGCACCUACAUUUAGCUUGAUAAAUGUUUGACUUUGUGUCACAGUUCAGUUCCUUCUAAGCAGGAGGAUGCAGAGAAAAUGAAAAAGGUUGGUUAGUGAAGAACUUAUGUAUUGUGGAAGUAUUGUGUGUAUAAUUUUCUGUGUGAAUGAGGACAAAAUAUGGAAAUAAACUUUUAAGAACAA